AUGUCUCAUACAAAUCUCAACCACCGGAGAACGCACAAUCUACUACUUGUCUCAAAACUACUGAACCAGAGGGACACAACGUCACCAUUCACGUUGGUGCUCGAUAAUCUGGAGCAACCAGCAAAACCCCUCGUCCGGGAAUAUAUUCGACGCGCAAAACUCUCAAAGACGACCUCCGUGUUCUUGUCUUUCGAAACGUUCUGUCGACCCAAAGAUGUGGAUGUGUUUGUGCCGUGCUUUGGUCGGACGACGCCCGAUGGGAUACUAAAAGAUGUGCGAAAUGCUUUGGGAAAGACCGAGUCUAAGAGGGCUGUCAUCAUUAUUGAUUCGUUAACGACGCUUUCUUCAAUUUCGAAUACUCCAGGCUCCAACCUCGACUUGGUCGCCUUCCUUUCGGCUUUGAUACAAUCGCCGCAAGAGUCUCAAUCCCAAAAUCCAGCCCCCCAAGUCUCGCUAGUGGCAGUGUACCACAAUGAUCUUCCGCUAAGCCUCUCCUCAACUACCACUCAAACGGGUGCAUACCGCCCGACUCCCCUUUUGCUGCUUUCCUACCUGGCCACAACCAUCAUCAAAACCCAUGCUCUGUCGAUCUUACUUACAGAGAAAGCAGCAAGGUCGCGUUCACUCGCGGCUCCUGCAUUCGGAUUAGGCGAAGAGGAAGAGGGCGUCAUUAUCGGACUGAAGCCGAAAACUUGGGCGAGUCGAAAUCUCAAGCCCGAAGAGAGGGGGAUGGUUCUGGAGCUUGAGCACCGCCGCAAGAGUGGACGAGGGGUACUUGAGUGGUAUUUCUUGCCCAUUCUACCCAAGAAUCUGCCCAGCGCCGGGCCUCAGGCAUUCCGCGAGGUCGUCACAUUGUUGGACGACCAUCCCCUCUUCCGAAAAGCCAAGGAUGACGAGGACCCCGACCAAGAGUUAUCGGGAAUGACCUUUGAACUCGGUUUGACAGAUCGGCAGAGACAAGAGCGUGAAGGCGUCGUGUUGCCGUAUUUUGAUGCGCAAAAGACUGGUGGGGGAGGGGAAGGUGGUAGGAUUCUCUAUGAUCUAGGGGUUGAAGAUGACUUUGACGAGGAAGAGGAUGAGAUUUGA